GUGGGGGCGUGACCGGAGGGAAGCGGGCGUGACGGGGCGCGCGUGUGGCGUGAUCCGCGCGUGCGCGUUGAGGCGGCGGGCGCCGAGCCCUGUCGGGGGCGAAGGUACCCCCCCUGCAGCGACAUUUCCCCGGACAUGCCUGUCCUUGUAAGGCUCCUGGUGGAACAUGUUUGACCCAUUGGGAAGGGAAGGAUGACAGCUGUGCCUAGGAACAAGAUGUGAAUGGAGGAGACGUGCCACCAUGCAAGUCCUCCGGCACUCCGAGCAGACCUUGAAGACAGCUCUCAUCUCCAAGAACCCCGCGCUCGUGGCUCAGUACGAGAAGCUUGACGCCGGGGAGCGGCGUCUGCUGAGUGAAGCCUUCCAGCCCACCGGUGACCUUUUUGGACCCAUAACCUUGCAUUCCCAGUCAGACUGGAUCACCUCCCAUCCUGAGGCACCCCAAGACUUUGAGCAGUUUUUCAGUGAUCCUUAUAGAAACACGCCCUCUUCAGAGAAACGUAGCAUCUACAUACAGGCCAUUGGCUCCCUAGGAAACACCCGGAUUAUCAGUGAGGAGUACAUCCGAUGGCUCAAGGGCUAUUGUGAAGCAUUUUUCUAUGGCUUGACAGUGAAAUUCCUCGAACCAGUUUCUGUUUCUGCGACAAGGUGUUCCUUUAGAAUCAACGAUAACACACAAAACCUACAGAUCCACGCAGGGCACAUCCUGAAGUUCUUGAAAAAGAAGAAACCCGAAGAUGCCUUCUGUAUUGUGGGGAUUACAAUGAUUGACCUGUACCCAAGAGAUUCUUGGAACUUUGUCUUCGGACAGGCCUCCCUCACGGAUGGUGUGGGGAUAUUCAGCUUCGCCAGGUAUGGCAGGGACUUUUAUAGCUCGCACUAUGAAGGCAAAGUGAAGAAGCUCCAGAAAAAAUCUUCCAACGACUAUUCAAUUUUUGAUAACUAUUAUAUUCCUGAAAUAACUAGUGUUUUGCUGCUUCGAUCCUGUAAGACCUUAACCCACGAGAUCGGACACAUAUUUGGACUGCGACACUGCCAGUGGCUUGCAUGUCUGAUGCAAGGCUCCAACCACCUGGAAGAAGCUGACCGGCGCCCUCUGAAUCUUUGUCCCAUCUGUUUACGCAAGUUGCAGUGUGCUGUUGGCUUCAGCAUUGUAGAGAGAUACAAAGCGCUGGUGAAGUGGAUUGACGAUGAAUCUGCCAGCACCCCGGCGGUUACCCCGAGACAUAGUCGUGAGGAUCAUGUGAAUUUGCCCAAACCUGUGGAAGCCUUCAAGGACUGGAGAGAGUGGAUAGUCAAGUGCCUCGCCAUCCUCCAAAAAUGAGGGCCUCCACGUACGAGCCACUGAAGUAAACACACCUUCGCCUUUGCUCUGGGAGUACUUCCAUGGGCCACCCCUUGCUGGGUCCCUGAGCCCGCUGGGGAGCGCCAGCCCGGACACGCAGCAACCUGCCAUCAUGGAGACUUCUGUCACACUGGGCUGAGCUGUGUCAGUGAGCCCCUCGCUUCCAUUCUUCACGUGUGUUUACGUCUCAGCGGAGAGCUAGGACUAGCGGUAACUAGCAAGUAAAUAAAUACUUUAGAAAUA